ACGCCAACAUGGCUGCAAGUGACUCCGAUCGAAGUUAGUCAAAAACAGGAGCACUGUUUUUUCCGCGUAUUUAUUACGAUAAUCCAUGUUUGUUAACUCAGAAUAUUUAUUAAAAUAAUCGUUAAAUACUUCAUAAUUGGGAAAUAAAAACUGUUAGUCGUGUACUGUGAAUCAAAUCAUAAUGAUAGAGAGAUCUGGAUGGGCAAUGAUUAUUAAAUAUGAGUCCUUCCACUAGGACUCGUAUGGUAUAUAACCUGUGAAUCUUACACUUCUUGCUUUGUAAAGAAAUACGAAGCAAAACUUUCGACAAUGACUGAUACAGAGAAGCUGUUUGCCUGCUCCACAUCAGGCUGCAAUAUGAGCUUCGCAAAUGAGGAUCAAUUAACAGUACACAAGAAGAAGCACGACAUGAUGCUGAAUCUCGGUAGCAAUUCGAAGAAUGCCGGAUUUGUCGCCGAUCAGACUCCCACGCCAACGAGGUUCUUCAAAAACUGCGAGGAAGUGGGUUUGUUCCAAGAUCUGCAGAAUGUAGUGAAUCCCUUCGAGGAGACGUUUCGGAGGGCCGUUGAGGCUGGAAAUACUGGCACCCUUACAGUACCGGAGGCUGGAAUUGGGGACGAUACGCUGCACACUCCGCAUAUCUUCCCUUACAUAUCGGACGUACUUCCUGUGAACGGACAAAUUCUUUCUGAGGACUGUCCGCCGACGGUAUCUCUCACCGACAAAAGUACGGAAGAGGAGAGCGUGAUGAAGUCCGAUGAGUGCAGUGGCAUUAAAUUAAGUGCGAACGAAACGCAAGAAUUGAUGAAAGAUGCGGACGUUGCGUCCGCGAAGAAUAUUGCUCUCACGCCGGAUAUUAUUGUCUCAAAUACGAAUACGCCCAUUGCACCUAAACUGCUAUCAACGCAGCCUUCGUCGCAUCUAUCUAUCAACGGAGAGGAAGUGCAGCUGCUAUUAAAAACCGCGGAUGGUAAAUUGAUGCAAUUGUCGGCGACGCCGGUGUCCGAAUCCUCUGGCAUGUCCAAUGUCACCACCAAACAGCAAACCGUUGUUAUCAAAACCCAGCCAGCUCUGCGAUGUGCAACAUUCAGAUCGGAGCCCAAGAAAAUCAUCACCUCCAGGUCAUCCUUGGCGAAAAUGAAACUAAAGCAAACCUUGUCUAAGAACGCCAUGCAAAAUCAAAAAGCGAUCGAUGGAUAUGCGAGAACCGACGGGAGCAAUGCAAAAAAGGAAUCCGGCAAGAAAACGAUCGAUCUUCUCAAGAAGAAGGACAUACUCGAGCGCAAUCGUGCGAGUUCGAUGCGCGCAAGGGCAAAGAGGAAAGCAUGGAUUCAAGAUUUGCAGAGAACGGUUACAAAUGUGAACGAGGCAAACGCAGCGUUACAGAUGGAAGUGAAGGUUCUGCGUACGGAGAUAGCGAAGUUAAAAACCCUUCUACUGGCUCAUAAGGAUUGUCCGAUAACAAAGGCGAUGCAGAAAGGAAAUGGAAUAGUUCUUGGACCCAAGAUAAUAUCAGUUAAUAAUUCGGAAGUGCUGACCGUGCCGAUAUCGCCUAAUAGCGUAAAACGAUCGAUCUCGGAGAACUUGAACGUAUCAUCGAAGAAACCGAUUGUUUCUGUCACGAAAAAUCCGGUGAUCUUUCCAAAGAUGGACUGCGCCACCGCGAAUCUUGCCAUACCGAACGCGACGAUCAUAAAGAGUCUGCCGGCGUUGAAGUUCGUAGGAGUAAAUCAGUUUUUGCAAUCUACGGAGAAGCCAGACGAACCGAAGCAGAUAUUGAUCGUACAAAACGAGCCGAGAAAAUUGUGUGAGGCUACACCUAGGCAGAUCAUUCAGAUUAAUCCGAAUUACGAAGUGGAGCAUGCGGCAUCUAAGAGCACGGGGACGUAACUAAUCAUCCUCAAGACGUUCGCGCGUUUGUAAAAUGCAAGUUCUUGCAGUGUGCAAUUCGUUCGAUACGGAUGGCAUAAGUUACGUGAAAAUUCAUGACAAAUCUCGCAAAAGCUUUUAUAUCCUUUUGCGAGUUCCCGUUUUCGAAAGGGAAUUAGUAAUUGGGUGGUAUUAGGUAGAUGAAUUCCUUUUACUUGUUGACUGACUUUUUAUUGUUUAUUCCACAGUUUAAUGUAAAUUAUACUUCCAAUGAAAUAAUAUUUUGACAUAAAGGAAUGUCAAGUGAUAUAGUCAUUAAUUUUUUACAUUAUUUAUUGCGUUUACAAUAAAACAGAUGUACAUUUUUUAUCGGAUAAUAUAAUUUAUUCUAUCCUUGUUAGCUUAAGAGUUAUAUUUUUAUAUAAAUCGUUUAUUAGAAAAUAUAGAUAAUUUCUGGAUUGCUUUAUGGAGUAUAAAAUUGUACAUAAAAUAAAUAUU